AUGGCUGCUCCCACCGAUGAGGCCGCCGGCUCAGGGACGCCGGAAACUACCGAUCCGUUCCUCGCCGACUGGAGGGAACGGAUCAUCAUUCCGGCCGUCGUGGCUGGGAUGGUUGGAGCCGCGUUCGGGCUGCUGUCGCGGCACCGGGUGCGCCUUGGCGCCGCCCGUGCCGCCGUCACCUACGCCGCGAACCUCGCCAUCGUCGCCGGGUGCUACGGAGGUGCACGUGAACUUGCAAGAGAUGCUCGAGCCGCAACACCUAGUGAUCCCAUGAAUUCUGUUGUUGGUGGGCUAGCGAGUGGAGCUGUACUUGGUCGAAUACAAGGUGGACACUUCGGAGCAGUGAAAUAUGCAGUCACCUUUGCAGCUGCCGGUACCGCAUUGGACUACGCUGCACUGAAGUUGGGCCCAGAAUGGCAUGCCCUAAAAGAACAUUUGUCUGGAAAGAAAGACUGGUUUACGCUACCCGAGUGGUCACCUAUCCAAGUGUUGGAUGAGGAAGCUUUGGCUAAGAAAAAAGCUCGAGAGGAGAAGUUGUUUGCCCAACGAGCACUAGGUAAACUUGACAAGGAGGAUCCCUAG